CCGACAUAAUGUCGUGAAUGAGAAGUACCGAUGUGGGGAGUUUCAGAAAAUGCCUGAUUUUAAUCUCUGAAAGACCCUGACGACUUUUUAAUAAUCGAUCACUUUUAUGUUCCUAUAGUCGCCUGACUAAUAUUCGCCUCUGUGGGAUAAUAGACUUCUGGCAGUGGCCUCUCGCGGCAGGCUUCGCAUCAGGCAUUGCAGUGGACGUCCCUGGUACAAGGGUCCUCAAGCCCCUGAAGAUUGACGGGGGACCGCAGGGAUGGCGGCCGGGCAGGCCGGGUGGCUGCGGCCCGCUCUGGGGCUGCGCUUGCUGCUGGUGACUGCAUUUCAAGCGGUGUCUGCUCUUGGGGCCGAGUUUUCGUCAGAGGCAUGCAGAGAGUUGGGUUUCUCCAGCAACUUGCUCUGCAGCUCUUGUGAUCUUCUUGGACAGUUUAACCUGCUUCAGCUGGAUCCUGCUUGCAGAGGGUGCUGUCAGGAAGAAGCUCAAUUUGAAACCAAAAAGCUGUAUGCAGGAGCUAUCCUUGAAGUCUGUGGAUGAAAAUUGGGGAGGUUCCCGCAAGUCCAAGCUUUUGUCAGAAGCGAUAAGCCCAAACUGUUCAGAGGUCUACAAAUCAAGUAUGUUCGCGGUUCAGACCCUGUCCUAAAGCUUCUGGACGACAACGGGAACAUUGCUGAAGAACUAAGCAUCCUCAAGUGGAACACAGACAGUGUGGAAGAGUUUCUCAGCGAGAAGUUGGAGCGCGUAUAAGCCUUGCUUAGUUCUUCUUUUCUUAUCAAAUGAACUGUCAGAGCACCUAGAAAAUAACUGAGUUCUGCAUGCUUACAUUGGUCAGUCUUUAUGUAUGUCAUUAAUCUUCUAAUUAGAAGUUGAAGUAGCACCACAGCCUGUAAUAUGUAAGGAGCUGGCAAGCUUAGCAAAACCCAUUUCUUAGUCAUUUCUAUUCUUCUGAACUGGUUGAUGUCACUAAUGAAAUGCUUUGUAGCAGGCUUCUGGUUAAUUAUGCAAAUACCAGCUUAUGAUAACUGGUCCAGUUUUAUAAACAACAGAAUCUUAAAUAAGGGAAGGUAAUAAAGGAGUUGCCUCCUUUGCUGUGUGCUCUUUUGAAAGUAACUGACAGAAAACUACAAAACCAGUAAGAUACACUGAGCCUCAACAACGUGCCUGCUCCUCAGAGCCCCUCAGAUCUUUUCUAUUGCCUGGCUUUCUUUUUAGUAGAAGUAUUUGUGCCACAUAAAAUUUUUGUAGCCUUAACUAUUAUGGAACAGAUUGAGUAUCUACAGUAAGAGUAAUACUCGUAAAGGUUUGCAUUAAUGAGGAUUACACAGAAAACCUUUGUUAAGGAUUUGUGUAGAUCUGAUAAUUGGCAAAUUUUUAUGUUUUUAGAUAUUCUUACAGAAGAGUUCCAUUUAAGAAUGUUCACUUAUAGGACCAAAAUAUCAAUAAAAACUUUAGAAAUGUUUGAAUUUGAA